AACAGCAACAUGGCCGCGUGCAGCGUGGAAGACGUGCUGGCCAAAGCGGAGCGAGAAGAAGCGGAGAAACUGAAGAGCAUCACGGUGACAAAGGAGCUGGAGCUGGAGUUCGAUGUGGGGAACCUGCUGGCGCUGGAUAAGAACCCGGCGGUGCUGAGAGACCCGCACCGGGACCGAGAGGAGCUCCUGCGGGCGCUGGCGCGAGACAACGCGCAGCUGCUGGUGAACGAGAUCUGGAAGCUGCCGGCGGAGCGCGCGGACGACGUGCUAGUGGUGAAGCUGCCGGAGCCGAGCACCAGGCUACCGCGCGAAAAGCCCCCUCCCAAGGCAAGACCCCCAACGAAAUGGGAGCAGUUCGCCAAGCUGAAGGGGAUCCAGAAGAAGAAGAAGACGAACCUGGUGUGGGACGAGGUGCACAAGGAAUGGCGGAGGCGCUGGGGCUACAAGCGGGCCAAGGAUGACACUAAAGAGUGGCUGAUCGAGGUGCCCGAGACGGCGGACCCGAACGAGGACCAGUUCGCCAAGAGGAACAAAGCCAAGAAGGAGCGAGUGGCCAAAAACGAGUUCAACCGCCUGCGCAACAUCGCACGGGCUACCAAAACGAAGGUGCCCGGGAUGGGGCUCGCACCGCGGGCGCAGCAGUCCAAGAACGAGCUGGCUCAAGCCAUCAGCGUGGCCAAGACCGCCACAGCUUCGGUGGGCAAGUUCCAGGAGCGGCUGCCUAAAGAAAAGGGGCCCAAGAACACUGGGAAGAAAAGAAAGUUCCAGCCUCUGCUGGGAGACUUCAGCAGCGAGAAGCAAAAGCAGCUGGAGCUGCUCAAGGUGAUGGAGAGUAAGAGACCAAGAGUGGACAUGACCAAAGCAGUGAAUAAACAGAUAAGGGAGGAAGAGGAGGAGGAAGGGAGGGCAAGAAGGAGUAAAGGGGUGGGGAAGAAGGGACGGAGAGGGAAGGGAAAUGCCGCAGGUGGAAAAGGAAAGGGGAAAGGUUCCAAGGGCCCCAAAGGCCCCAAAGGUGGCAAAGGACGAAACCCUCGCAUGAAGCAGGGGAAGCGUUGAGAUGAACUUGUUUGUGCUUCAAACUGAUCUGCUUGUCAUUAUGUCACAUGUUCCCAGUCAUGGUCCUGGAGUAUCUCCUGUCCUGCACUUUUUAACAUUCAUCUGCUCUAAUGCAUCUAUGUCCGCUCAGGAAGGUCUUGUUAAUGAGCAGAAGAAAUACUGAAAAGUAGAGGUCAGGGGAUACUCCAGGACCACCAGAGUUAGGAAUCACUGCACUGUGUGAUGAUUGUUGAACUCCUUGAGGUCCAGGGUCCAGCAUACUUGAAUGAUUUCUUUGCUCAUACACUUCUUAUUGAACUCUUUAUUUCAGAACCAGGUUUGGUUGAUGCGGGCACAGAAAUGAGCCAAAAUGUGCUGGACUCUUGCCAUCUGUGACCAGAUCUGGCAGCAUCUCUGGCUUGACAAGAUGUGACGAAGUGCCUUGUGUUUGAUGUUGAACAAGGGGGUGUUUUUUCAAGGCAGGCCCUGUAUUCAUGAAGCUUCUCAGAUCAGGAUUCAUGAUCUAGGAUCUAUUCCUGUCAGUAAAGGCACAGUUAAUAAGAUCUUAUAUCAGCGGUCCUGCUCUGAGAAGCUUUGUGAAUAUGGGUUUUUCACCUUAGCCUAUAAUAUAGAAGAUCUGAGGAAUAUUUCUACUGAACAGCCCUUAACUUUGGGCCUAGGUUAUCUGGCUGAUUAAUCCUGAUUUGUGAAAUAUCCCUCAGGCAUUAUAAUGGUAUACUUAUUAUUAUUUUCAACCUGAAGACCUCUAUACAAAUAAAAAAAAUGGAACUGCUCUUCCAUUAUGACUGUAUAAUUUGUCACUGUACAUAUUAUAUACAUUUUAUUUGUAAUGCGUUUUCUCCUGAGUGAAUCUGGAGAAGCUUUUGUUUUCAGUGCCCUCAAUUAUCAUCAACCCUAUGGACAUUUUUCACAGUAUUUUCUUGAAUAAAUUUUGUAUUCGGUGUGAUACUUGAUCAUAUGCUGCACAGUUGUCUAAUAGGGUGGUAUAGCGGUCAUCCAUAAUUUUCAGCAUUUCUUUAUAAUGUAGUUGCUUCUGUAAUGCUUCACAUCUUUGUAUUAAAUUGCAAGGAUGAUUCAGCUGAAAAGCA